CGCCUCCCCAUUUCAACCAAUCACAUCUCUUCGUCUAUCUUCUCUCUAAUCCCUAUAAAUCCAUCGUUUCUUCAGUAAAAACUCACUGUAAACCGUUUUAAUCCGCAGUUAUUUGCAAAAGCUUCUUUUCAUAUCCUUUUAUGGCGAUCAAUACUGCCGGGAAACCUGAUGCCGCCGGCAAGGCGAAGAAAGCUGCCGUCACUAAGAAGCCCCUCGCUCAUCCGCCUUAUGCUGAGAUGAUAACUGAGGCGAUUGUAGCCUUGAAGGAGAGGACUGGUUCGAGCCUGGUGGCGAUUGCGAAGUUCAUUGAGGACAAGGAGAAGGAUUUGCCGCCCAAUUUCAGGAAGCUGUUGCUUGGCCAACUUAAGAAGCUCGUGGUUUCUGGGAAGUUGACGAAGGUGAAGAAUUCGUUCAAGAUCUCCCGCCAUGCUAAACCUGCUGAUGCCGCUCCUGAACCCAUUGCAGCACUGAAGAAGGCUGUGACGGCCGCUGCAAAGCCUAAGGCUGUGACUAAGAAGGUGGCUUUGAAGAAACCAAAGGUUACAACUCCUGCUAAAAAGCCGGUGACUAAAGCCGCUGCCAUGAAGAAAACUCCGGUGAAGAAGGUUGCUCUGUCUAAGAUAAAGAAAACUCCCAUGAAGAAGACUAAGAGCACCAAAUCACCCGCAAAGAAGGCCAGGAAAUGAAGCUCUUAAUGUUUGCUGUCCUGCAAUAGUUUUAGGUUUUGGUAAAAUUCUCUGCCUUAGAGUUUGUAAAUUUCAGUUUGUGUUUUCUGUGUUCAUAGCUUCAUUUUGCAUCUCUGUUGUUUCACUACCACCAUUGAUGUUCAAUGGUUUAGCCAGUAGUAGUCUGUUUUCUGCAUAUGUUAUAAGCUGCUUGGAAUUUCAAGAUCUUUGUUGAAAUGAAGAAGAAUGUUCAUAAACAACUAACAUUACCUAGAAUGUGUUCUAUGUUUACUGAUCUGCUUUAACAAUUAUCUUGGCUAAACACAUUCUGCUUAUUCCUGCUUUUGUCAUUU